GUCUCGGCGCGGGCGGGCCCCGGGGUGGCCGCUGCGGCCGCUGCUUCAGAGCCUCGCGGGCGGGCGGCGUUCUGCUCAGUGGGACGGUCCCGGCGCCCGGCGGCCUCGUGUGGAGCCUUCGGGCGUCCCGCGGCCGCGUGGCAGCCGUCCUCUGUGCGGCCGCGGCGCGUGUGUGGAACCGCGUCCCCCUGUGUCGAGCGGCUCAGCCGUGCGUCGGGGACGUGGGAGUCGCGAUCAGAUGCCUGGUGUACCCGGAAUAACAACACGAUGAGUUCCAGUUGUACCCUAUUAAAUUCUUGUUAAAGGGCCUGUCACCCUGUUAGCUCUGUUCUCUGCUCGCUGCCUACACGAAUAAUGCAAAUUCCUUGAGAGGAAUGAAGCCUCUGCCUUGCUGAAUUGCUCAGCAAAUGACUACUCUUGUCGACUGUUUUGAAUAACUAUUAUCUUAACGAAAAUUUGGAUGUGUGCAAUGCAUCGUCUUGGAGAUGGUAGUGCUGCAAGUUUCCCGAAACUGUUUCGUACAGCGAUGUAGCUCGGGACAUAGCAAGAAUCUCAAGACAUGUGAAUAUUUAUUGAGGAGCUGCUUCUAUUUGUGAGGACAAGGUGGAGAUAAAAAUGCAAAUAUAGAGAAAAAAGAAGGUUUUUGUAUAGAGAAUUCAACUUAAGGAAUGUGAUUUGUUGAUAUUUUGAACCUCUUAUUUUUCAACACUUCAGUGAAUGGACCUGACUGGACUUUUUGCGCCCAUCAAUAAACAUGAGCGGUACCAAGCCUGAUAUUUUGUGGGCACCACACCAGGUUGAUAGAUUUGUUGUAUGUGACUCAGAACUGAGCCUUUAUCAUGUGGAAUCGGCUGUGAAUUCAGAACUUAAAGCUGGAUCAUUACGUUUAUCUGAAGACUCUGCAGCUACAUUACUAUCAAUAAAUUCAGAUACACCCUAUAUGAAAUGUGUUGCAUGGUAUCUCAAUUAUGAUCCUGAAUGUCUCCUAGCAGUUGGACAAGCAAAUGGUCGAGUUGUACUUACAAGUCUUGGUCAAGAUCAUAAUUCUAAGUUUAAAGAUUUGAUAGGAAAAGAAUUUGUCCCAAAACAUGCUCGACAAUGCAAUACCCUUGCAUGGAAUCCACUGGAUAGUAACUGGCUUGCUGCUGGUCUGGACAAGCACAGAGCUGACUUUUCCGUUCUAAUAUGGGAUAUCUGUAGCAAAUAUACUCCUGAUAUUGUUCCCAUGGAAAAAGUGAGACUUUCAGCAGGUGAAGCUGAAACAACACUAUUAGUAACAAAACCACUGUAUGAGUUAGGACAAAAUGAUGCUUGUCUAUCUCUUUGUUGGCUUCCAAGAGACCAGAAACUUCUCCUUGCUGGCAUGCAUCGUAACCUAGCCAUAUUUGAUCUUCGGAACACAAGCCAGAAGAUGUUUGUAAAUACAAAAGCUGUUCAAGGAGUGACAGUAGACCCAUACUUCCAUGAUCGUGUUGCUUCCUUCUAUGAAGGUCAGGUUGCAAUAUGGGAUCUUAGAAAAUUUGAGAAGCCAGUUUUGACUUUGACUGAGCAGCCAAAGCCCUUGACAAAAGUAGCAUGGUGUCCAACUAGGACAGGUCUGCUUGCUACUUUAACAAGGGAUAGUAAUAUUAUUAGGCUGUAUGAUAUGCAGCAUACACCUACGCCCAUUGGGGAUGAAACUGAACCCACAAUAAUUGAAAGAAGUGUGCAACCUUGUGACAAUUACAUUGCUUCCUUUGCAUGGCAUCCAACAAGUCAAAAUCGAAUGAUAGUUGUAACGCCCAACCGAACAAUGUCUGACUUCACUGUUUUUGAAAGGAUAUCUCUUGCCUGGAGCCCAAUUACAUCUUUAAUGUGGGCUUGUGGUCGUCAUUUGUAUGAAUGUGCAGAAGAAGAAAGUGAUAAUUCCUUAGAAAAAGAUAUAGCAACAAAAAUGCGCCUCCGGGCUUUAUCAAGGUAUGGACUUGAUACAGAGCAGGUAUGGAGAAACCAUAUAUUAGCUGGAAAUGAAGACCCACAACUCAAGUCACUCUGGUAUACUCUGCACUUUAUGAAGCAGUAUACAGAAGAUAUGGAUCAGAAAUCUCCAGGCAACAAAGGAUCGUUGGUUUAUGCAGGAAUUAAAUCAAUAGUAAAAUCAUCUUUGGGAAUGGUGGAAAGCAGCAGACAUAAUUGGAGUGGCUUGGACAAACAAACUGAUAUUCAGAACUUAAACGAAGAGAGGAUUUUAGCAUUACAGCUUUGUGGGUGGGUAAAGAAAGGAACGGAUGUAGAUGUGGGACCAUUUUUGAACUCUCUUGUGCAAGAAGGAGAAUGGGAAAGAGCUGCUGCAGUGGCUUUGUUCAACCUGGACAUUCGGCGAGCAAUCCAAAUCCUGAAUGAAGGGGCAUCUUCAGAAAAAGGAGAUCUGAAUCUCAAUGUGGUAGCAAUGGCUUUAUCAGGGUAUACGGACGAGAAGAACUCUCUUUGGAGAGAGAUGUGCAGCACACUACGAUUGCAGCUCAACAACCCCUAUCUCUGUGUCAUGUUUGCAUUUCUGACCAGCGAAGCAGGAGCUUAUGAUGGAGUUUUGUAUGAAAACAAAGUUGCAGUACGUGACAGAGUGGCAUUUGCUUGUAAAUUCCUUGGUGAUACUCAGUUAAAUAAAUACAUUGAAAAACUGACCAAUGAAAUGAAAGAGGCUGGCAAUUUGGAAGGAAUCUUGCUUACAGGCCUCACUAAAGAUGGAGUGGACUUGAUGGAGAGCUACGUGGAUAGAACUGGAGAUGUCCAGACAGCAAGCUACUGCAUGUUACAGGGUUCACCUUUAGAUGUUCUUAAAGAUGAAAGGGUUCAAUAUUGGAUUGAGAAUUACAGAAACUUAUUAGAUGCUUGGAGGUUUUGGCACAAACGAGCUGAAUUUGAUAUACAUAGGAGUAAAUUGGAUCCCAGUUCCAAGCCAUUAGCACAGGUGUUUGUGAGUUGUAAUUUUUGUGGCAAAUCAAUCUCCUACAGCUGUUCCUCAGUGCCACAUCAGGGCAGAGGCUUUAGUCAAUAUGGUGUGAGUGGCUCACCAACAAAAUCGAAAGUCACAAGUUGCCCUGGCUGUCGAAAACCCCUUCCUCGAUGUGCACUUUGCCUCAUUAAUAUGGGAACGCCUGUUUCUAGCUGUCCUGGUGGUUCCAAAUCAGAUGAAAAAGUGGACUUGAGCAAGGACAAAAAGUUAGCUCAGUUUAACAAUUGGUUUACCUGGUGUCACAAUUGUCGGCAUGGCGGGCAUGCCGGACAUAUGCUUAGUUGGUUCAGGGACCAUGCAGAGUGUCCUGUAUCAGCAUGCACGUGUAAAUGUAUGCAGUUGGAUACAACAGGGAAUCUGGUACCAGCAGAGACUGUUCAGCCAUGAAAUGCUCCCCCUAAAGAGAAACCUUCAAAUGAGGAGUUUUUAAUCGAUGUCCUUCAUAGUUCAGAAACAUACCUCAGAACAAGUCACUCACGACUCUCCUAUAAUGGGAAAAUAAAUCAUUCUAUCAGAUCAGCAA